GCAAUGCACUCCGUCUAUGCGGUUUAUUUUCAUAAUAUUAUCAUGUAUCUCUCCGCGCCGGUUGAAACGACUGAAAAGUGUCAUUUAAAAUUCUUCUUUCUAUCUGUUAUUAUAAAUUAAAUCAAUAAACAGUAAAUCUUUACCGUUUGCCUUCAAAAAUUAUCGUUUUCUGGAAGAAUGGCAGAAGAAAAAAAUGAUUCAGGAGACCAAAAAACUCAUACAGCAAGUAGUCAAAGCGAUCAAGGACAUGAUUUGGAAUCUUCUAGUAGUUCUGUAAAAGGAAAAGGAAGCAUACGAGGAAGAUUAGCUCUUGCACGUGUGAGAUUACUGGAUAACACAGAUUAUGAAUGUGAAAUUGAUAGAAAAGCAGUAGGUCAAGAAUUAUUUGAAAAAGUCUGUGAUCAUUUGAAUUUAUUGGAAAAAGAUUACUUUGGUCUAACUUAUCAUGACUCUGAAGAGACAAGGAAUUGGCUGAAUAAUGAUAAAGGAAUAGGAAAACAGAUACGAAGUGGACCUUGGAUAUUCUCUUUUGAAGUGAAAUUUUAUCCGCCUGACCCAGCUCAAUUACAAGAAGAUAUUACAAGGUACCAAUUGUGCUUGCAAAUAAGAAAUGAUAUAUUAUCUGGAAAGCUUCCUUGCUCAUUUGUUACUCAUGCCCUUUUGGGAUCAUACUUAGUACAGUCAGAAUUAGGAGAUUAUGAUGCAGAUGAACAUGUUGAUAACUACCUCACUGAUUUCCGUUUUGCCCCUAAUCAAACUCCUGAAUUAGAAGAAAAAGUUAUGGAGUUACAUAAACAACAUAAGUAAGUAUAGAAUUUUUUAAU